AUGAGUCCCCCCCUCACUGCCCCUCAGCUAGAUGCCGGCCAUCGACCCAAUAUGGCCAUCGCCAAGGAAGCAAAACACUACGUCGAUCACCGGCCUCCCUAUCCAAGGUCUAUGUGGAAACUCUGGACAAACUACCAUGAAGGCCCUCUGGAUACAAUUCACGAUAUCGGCUCCGGCAGCGGCAAUGCCGCCGAAGGCCUAUUGAUGCACGUACCCUCGGCUCCCAAGCAUGUCGUCCUGACUGAACCGCAAGCCAAGAACAUCGAAGACUGCCGCGCACGCUUCAGGGACCGGUUCACUGGGACCGAUUUCUCAUACCGGAACUGUCGCGGGGAAGACCCCUGGGAAGCCCUGGUGGAUGGAGACCGCGUUGACUUCGUAAUGGCUUGCGAGUCACUGCACUGGACUAUCCUGGAACCCACGCUUGACAAUGUCGCAAAGAGUCUGCGGGGAAACGGAACCUUUGCGGCCGUCAUUUACGGCCCUUUUCCGGGAAUCACCAACAACACGAGUGCAAACACAGCAUUCAAAGCUUUCAUUGGCGAGCAUGCCGCCCACCUCUUGAAGCAAGAGUGGAUGACCGAGAAUUGGAAGCGAGCUGCUCGCCAAAUGUUUCACGGCAUGGACUGUGUGCCGCUUAGAGACGAAGUUUGGAAGGAUGUCAAGCGCAUUGAGAUCAACUGUGGGGAUGAAUGGUAUGCCAAAGACUACCAGCCUCUCGAUGGGACAGCAGAUCCGGUGGGUCAUCUGGGUGUAUCUGAGCGUGUUGCCAUAGAUGAUAGCGAGGACUGGAGGAUCUCAGCCUCGGUCGAGUGGCUGAAGCAAUCGCUCGAGUCUAUGCAUUUUGGUUUUACUGAAGCUUCAUGGAAGUCGCCCAAAUGGCAAGAGAUUACAGAGGAGAUUAGAAACGGGCCGUUGGAACUCAAAUGGCAGGUUCACAUGAUACUCGCUCGGAAAAGGGAUGAGGCUCUGGGUAACUAG